GGAAAUGUGUCUAUGAUGAGACUAUCGAAAGUGUCGCCGAAGAAAUGUUUUUUUCUUGUCUUAUGUUUCGCCGUACUGAUAUUAUUAGUGUUCAACUUAAGGGAUAAAGAUUGGAGUACGAAAUCGCCACAUGUGCUAUAUGCGAGAGAUGAAUACCAGCUGGAUGAGACUAAUCAGCGGCACGAGGUACUGUACAUCUGCGUUUAAUAUGUAAUUAACCGUGUUUAGUACGGCGAGAUUAGAUCUUUUCCCUCUAUUACGACCGUUGAAGCAGUCGAUCCAGCUGAUCAUGCUGACAACAAGGAGAACGAUAUCGCCGAUUACGGCAAGUCCCGAUCGGACGAGCGGCCUAAGGAAACGCUGACCGCUAGCGAUCUGCCAUGGUACUUCUCGCAGGGUAUGCGAUACCCUAAGCCAGCGAGACGCAAUCGCAAAACGAACAAGCGGCUGGCUAGACUGUUACCGAGUGAAACGUCGCGCGGUGAUCGUAUCAGCAACCAGCUGAUGUUCGUACCGCCCAACUACGAGACAAUCAAACGCAAGGGCAAGCUGAAAACGAUCCUGCUCUACAACGGGCUUAGCCCGUGGAACGUGAAAGCCGGCCGGGAUGUGUUUCUCAGCUCAAAGUGCCCCGUUUCCACCUGCUCCAUUACGGCGCAGCGAGAAAAGGCCUCCACCGCCGAUCUGGUACUGUACAAGGAUCACUACAUCCCACCAUCGGUUCCCCGGUCGCCGUAUCAGAUCUACAUGAUGUACUUCCUGGAGUGUCCGUACCACACGCAGCACGUUAAAUAUCCGGACGUGUUUAACUGGACGGCUACGUACAGGAAGGAUAGUGAUAUAGUCGCACCGUACGAGAAGUGGGAAUACUUUGAUCCUCGCAUCAGGCAGGUGGAGCAGGAUCGGAACUACGCGCUCAACAAAACGCGCAAGGUGGCCUGGUUUGUUUCGAACUGUGGCGCACGCAAUGGACGCCUUCAGUAUGCACACGAGCUACAGAAAUAUAUUCAGGUCGAUAUUUAUGGUGCCUGUGGAACGUUCAAGUGCUCCCGCAGUACGGCGGAGCGUUGCUUCGAGAUUCUAGACCGUGACUACAAGUUCUAUCUUGCCUUCGAAAAUUCCAACUGCAAGGACUACAUCACGGAAAAGUUCUUCGUCAAUGCCUUAACGCGCAAUGUGCUCCCGAUCGUGAUGGGCGCCCGGCCCGAAGACUACGAGGCGAGCUCACCCCAAAAGUCGUACAUCCACGUGGACGAGUUCGGUUCGCCGAAGGAGCUGGCCGAAUAUCUUCACCUGCUCGACCGUAACGAUGAGCUGUACAAUUCCUACUUCAAGUGGAAGGGUACGGGCGAGUUUAUCAACACGUACUACUGGUGCCGGGUGUGCGCGAUGCUCCAUGACGAGGCCUCCUUCCGGCGGCCUAAAUCGUACGACGACAUUAACGAAUGGUGGCGUGGACCGGGCGUCUGUACGAACGGAUCGUGGCGCAAUUAUAGGGCACGCAAUCCGGAAAAACCGGCAGCCGAUAGCCGAUGA